GUGACGUAGCGCUAGCUCCUGAUGCUACACGCGGGAAACAGCCGAAGCUGCGCAUCUCAGUCAUUAGCAUCAGUCAUCGCCUGGAGUCAACAUGGGGGAUACGCUGGAGUUCAACGAGAUCUACCAGGAGGUUAAAGGCUCCUGGAACGACGGGCGGCUGCGUUUCAGCAAACAAAACGUAGUUUAUAAGAACAACAAGACGGGGAAGGUGGACAGCAUCCCAGCCGGGGAGCUCAGCCUGGCUCAGUGGAGAAGAGUGUGUUUGGGUCACGGCAUCAAACUGGGGACCAGCACCGGUCACGUCUACAAGUACGACGGCUUCAGGGACACGGACUUGGAGAAGAUUUCAGAGUUUUUCAAGGCGAACUACAAGGUGGAGCUGGCAGAGAAGGACAUGUGUGUGAAAGGCUGGAACUGGGGCACCGCCAAGUUCUCUGGGCCGCUGUUGUCGUUCGACAUCAACGACAACUCGGCGUUUGAGAUCCCUCUGUCCAACGUGUCCCAGUGCGCCACCGGGAAGAACGAAGUCACCCUGGAGUUUCACCAGAACGACGACACGGAGGUUUCUCUCAUGGAGGUGCGGUUCUACGUCCCGCCCAGCCAGACGGAUGAACGGCAGGACCCCGUGGAGGCGUUUGCCCAGAACGUGUUGUCUAAAGCAGAUGUGAUCCAGGCCACAGGAGACGCCGUGUGUAUCUUCAAGGAGCUGCAGUGUCUCACACCCAGAGGAAGGUAUGACAUUCGUAUCUACCCAACGUUCCUUCACCUGCACGGUAAGACCUUCGACUACAAAAUCCCCUACACCACCGUCCUCCGUCUCUUCCUGCUGCCUCACAAGGACCAGAGACAGAUGUUCUUUGUGAUUAGUUUGGAUCCCCCCAUCAAACAGGGUCAGACCCGUUAUCACUUCCUCAUUCUGCUCUUCUCCAAAGAAGAGGACAUCAGCCUCACGCUCAACAUGAGCGAGGAGGAUGUGGAGCGUCGUUUUGAGGGCAAACUCAGUAAAAACAUGUCCGGGUCUCUUUACGAGAUGGUCAGCAGAGUGAUGAAAGCCCUGGUCAACCGCAAGAUUACCGUACCCGGGAACUUCCAGGGCCACUCCGGGGCGCAGUGCAUCACCUGCUCCUACAAGGCGUCUUCAGGCCUCCUCUAUCCUCUGGAGAGGGGCUUCAUCUACGUCCACAAGCCCCCCGUUCACCUGCGCUUCGAGGAGAUCUCCUGCGUGAACUUCGCCCGAGGCACCACCACAACCCGGUCCUUUGACUUCGAGAUCGAGACGAAGCAGGGCAACCAGUACACGUUCAGCAGCAUCGAGAGGGAAGAAUACGGCAAACUGUUUGACUUUGUUAAUGCCAAGAAGCUCAACAUCAAGAACCGAGGCUUCAAAGAGAAGAAGGGCAUGAAGGGUAACGCCGUCGAUUACAGCGACUCCGAUGAGGACCAGCACGACGCCUACCUGGAGAGAAUGAAGGCUGAGGGCAAGAUCAGGGAGGAGGGCAACGACAGCGACGAGUCGGAUGGAAGUGGAAGUGACGAGUCUUUCAACCCCGGAGAGGAAGAUGAUGAAAUUGCUGAAGAGUACGACAGUAACGCCUCCGCGAGCGAAAGCAGCGAAGAGGGCGACAGUGACGACGAGGGCGCGAAGAAGAAAAAGGUCAAAAAGGCGAAAGUGGUGAAGGAGAGAAAAGAGAGAAAACCUCGCAAAGAGAAGAAGCCGAAGGACAGCGGCGGUCCGAAGAGGCCGAUGAGCGCCUACAUGCUUUGGCUCAACUCCAGCCGAGAGCGAAUCAAGGCGGAGAACCCCGGCAUCUCCGUCACCGAGAUAUCCAAGAAGGCCGGAGAGAUGUGGAGACAGCUGGGCAAAGACGAGAAGGAGGAGUGGGAAACAAAAGCAGGAGAGGCAAAGAGGCAAUACGACAAAGCAAAGAAAGAGUACAAAGAGAGCGGCGGAGGAUCGUCCUCGACUGCCAAGAAAGAGGGUAAAAAGUCUGGAGGCAAAAAAGACGAGAAGAAGAGGAAGUCUGCCGGCGGAGACAAGGACCGGGACCGGGAGAGGGUAGGAGGCAACGACAGCUUCAAGAGCCGAGAGUUCAUCGAGACCAGCGAGGACAGCUCCUCCGACUCCGACCACAAGAGCAAAGCCAAGAGGAAAAAGGACUCUGAUGAAGAGGAGGAACAGGCUGCGUCCACACCUUCCAGUUCAGCAGAAGAGUCAGACUAAAGACACAUCGGACCCAGAAACCUUGGACCAACUGUUUCUACUCUCAUUGAACUCAGGCCCGUCAACAAACUCGAGUUGUAGUUUUUAUUCUGCACGUUUAGUUUUAAGAGUACAAUUGCGUAUCU